AUGACAUCUAUAUUACGCCCGGCUUCAUUCUUUGAAAGAUAUCAGAUUUUUCGUACUGAUCAUAAUUACUACCUGAACUUUAACAUUACUGCAGAAUAUCCAGUGGAAGUAACUAAAGAAAAAUUAUCAAAUGCAUUAUUUAACAUAAUCAAAGAGAAUCCAAUUUUAGGUUGCAACUUUUUUGGAGACAAUAGUUUGGAUGAUGAUUAUAAAAAUUUUGGAUUGAUGGGUAUACCAUUGACUUAUGAUUCAGUUGUUUAUCAAACCGAAUAUGAUCCUGUUCCUGAAUUUUUUGAAUUUUUGAAUUCUAUACAUUUUGAUGUUAAUUGUGACAAACCAUUAUGGAGAUUAUACAUUAAAGACAAUAGAAUAACAUUAUGUUGUAAUCAUGGAUUUUUUGAUGGUAAUGUUGGUGCAUUUUUCCAUAAAGAAUUAUUAAAACAAUUAACUGAAUUGCCAGACAAUCUUGAAUUUAAAGAAAAAUUAAAUGGUGAUGUGACUUCAUUACCAGGUUUUAUUGAUUCACUUUAUAAACCAUCUUUUUGGUUUACUCUUACUACAGUAAUCAAAAGCUAUAUACCUACUUGGAUUAAAAGAAUCCUUGCUUAUUUCAGCUAUCCUAAUGUGUACAAAUAUCCUAGAUUUCAACCAUCUCAAAUUCAAAUAGGUCAACAUACAGAUUACAGAAUUUUGAAAAUUUCCAAAGAACAAACCAAGUCAAUCUUAUCAUUUACAAGAGCUUCAGGAACAAAAUUUACUCCUUGGUUUGCUAGUAUAAUCCAAAGUUCAUUUCAAAAAAUUCAUCCUAAUAAAACAAUGUCAUAUUCAAUUCCAUUGAAUGGUAGACGUUAUUUAGAUUUUAAGAAAUUUCCAGUUCAAAAUUUAGUGGCAGCUAGUGAUUUUUCAAUUGAACCAGGUACAAAUCCAACUAAAGUUGCUUCAUAUGUUUCUGAUCGUUUGAAUAAAGAUCUUAAAACUAGAGAGCCUUUCUUUUUAGCUGGUAUGUUAAAUUUAGUUAGUGUUUCAAAUUAUAUUAAAGCAAAAAUUGGUACUUAUGGAAGAGUAACUUUUGAAAUAUCAAAUGUUGGUCAAUUACCUAUGCCUUGUUGGUUUAGUCAAGAUAAUGGUUUCCUGUCGUAUUUGCAAUACAAUGUCAUUUCUUCACCAGAAGGUAUGAAUAUUGUUAUUGGUGGUAUAGAUGUUGAUUUAGAAUUAAUUGUGGAUACUUUACAAAAAGAUAUUGACGAAUUUGUAGAAGGUUUAUAG